AACAUCCGCCGCUUUCCCGCCAAACCCCUCCUCUAUUACCCUUUUCGCGCCGCAUCUUCUUCCCCAUCGCCGUCUUCCCGCCCUUCCCCUCCGUAUCCAUCCUCACCCAAACACACGUCCGCAACUCCUUCUCGCCGCCGCAGCCGUAGCCAUGUCAGGUUGGGACGAGGGAGCCGUCUUCUACAGCGACCAGGCGCAGUUCCCGCGCGGCGGCGACCCGGGCGGCGCAGAAAUCACCCGCCACUCCGCCCUCCGCAAGUUCAAGGAGUUCCUCCGCGGUUUCACCGGCCCGACCGGCGACUUCCCAUACCGUGAGAGCCUCGUGCACAACCGCGACCAUGUCACCGUCGCUAUCGAGGACCUCGACGCAUUCGAUGCCGAGCUUGCUGACAAGAUCCGGAAGGCGCCAGCCGAUUACCUGCCCUUGUUUGAGACGGCUGGGUCCGAGGUUCUGGCCAGUCUCCGGUCUAAGGUUGCCGGUGAAACCGGGGAGAUGGAGGAGCCAGUUACCGGGGAUGUGCAGAUCUUCUUGUCCUCGAAGGAGAACUGCCUUUCCAUGAGAUCUAUUGGGGCAGAUUACAUGUCAAAACUGGUGAAGAUUGCGGGCAUUGCGAUUGCUGCAUCGAGGGUGAAAGCCAAAGCCACUCAUGUUACAUUGAUAUGCAAGAACUGCAGGACUGUGCGGACGGUGCCGUGCAGGCCAGGCCUCGGUGGGGCUAUUGUCCCCCGGUCGUGUGAUCAUCUCCCUCAGCCUGGAGAAGAGCCAUGCCCACUGGACCCCUGGAUUGCAGUCCCUGAUAAGAGCAAGUAUGUGGAUCUACAGACUCUCAAAUUGCAGGAAAAUCCUGAGGAUGUUCCAACUGGUGAGCUCCCUAGGAAUGUGCUGCUUUCUGUAGACAGACACCUUGUUCAGACCAUUGUUCCGGGUACAAGGUUGACUGUGGUUGGCAUCUACAGUGUCUUCCAAGCAUCUGGCACUGCCAACCAUAAAGGUGCUGUUGGAGUUAAACAGCCCUACAUUAGAAUUGUGGGGUUGGAGCAGUCUCGAGAUGAUAACUCAAAUGGCCCCUCAAAUUUCACACUCGAUGAGGAAAUGGAGUUCAAAGAAUUUGCGCAGAGGCCAGAUGCAUAUGCCAAGAUUUGCUCAAUGAUUGGCCCUUCAAUUUAUGGACAUUCUGAUGUCAAGAAGGCUAUUGCAUGCUUGUUGUUUGGGGGAUCAAAGAAGAGGCUACCGGAUGGUGUCCGUUUGAGAGGAGACAUUCAUGCCUUGCUUUUGGGUGAUCCAUCCACAGCAAAGUCCCAGUUUCUCAAGUUUGUAGAGAAAACAGCACCAAUUGCAGUUUAUACAUCGGGAAAAGGUUCAUCUGCAGCUGGUCUUACAGCAUCUGUAACUCGGGAUAGUAACUCGCGUGAGUUUUAUUUGGAAGGAGGGGCCAUGGUACUGGCUGAUGGUGGAGUGGUUUGUAUUGAUGAAUUUGACAAAAUGAGACCUGAGGACAGAGUUGCAAUUCAUGAAGCCAUGGAGCAGCAGACCAUAUCUAUUGCCAAAGCUGGCAUUACAACAGUACUCAAUUCGAGGACCUCAGUUCUUGCAGCUGCCAAUCCAAUUUCAGGGCGGUAUGAUGACCUUAAGACUGCACAAGAUAAUAUUGAUCUGCAGACAACAAUUCUUUCUCGGUUUGAUUUAAUCUUUAUUGUUAAAGAUGUCAGAAUGUAUGAGCAGGAUAAGCGAAUAGCAAACCACAUCAUUAAGGUGCACGCUAGUGGUGCGGCAACUACAUCCAAGAACAUGGAGAUGGAUGCCAAUACCAAUGAAGGAGAGAAUUGGUUGAAAAGGUACAUUGAGUACUGCCGCAAUACUUGUAGACCACGGCUCUCAGAAAAAGCAGCAGAGAUGCUCCAGAACAAAUAUGUUGAGAUCAGACAGAAAAUGAGACAACAAUCUCAUGAGACAGGGAGAGCUGCAGCUAUACCCAUCACUGUAAGGCAGCUUGAAGCUAUUAUACGGUUGAGCGAAUCUCUUGCGAAGAUGAGAUUGACAAGUGUGGCUACACCAGAGCACAUCGAAGAGGCCUUUAGACUGUUCAAUGUCUCGACUGUUGAUGCCGCAAGAUCUGGAAUCAACGAGCAUCUGAACUUGUCACCGGAGAUUGCAAAUGAGAUCAAGCAAGCGGAAGCACAAAUAAAGAGAAGAAUGGGAAUUGGAAGUCACAUAUCUGAACGACGACUGCUCGAUGAACUAAACCGGAUGGGCAUGAACGAAUCCAUCGUGAGAAGAGCCCUUGUGAUCAUGCACCAGAGGGAUGAGGUCGAGUACAAGAGGGAGCGCCAUGUGAUCGUCCGCAAGGCUUGAGCUGAAGUGCACCGAACGGGCGGAAUUCUCCUCUGUUCAGAUCAUCUGAUGUGUGUAUAAAGUUGCUGGAAUUGCAACCUGGGUGGAGCAUAGAAGCGUACCGGCUGGUCACUGACUGUGGCUGCUGUAAUCUGCAAGAGAAGAGAAGAAAUUCCAUGCAUCAUUGGAACUGAAUCUGUAACUGCACGCUUGUACUGUAGUAAAGCUGUAGCCGUGGCACUAGAUUAUCUCGUGCCAGCGCUUGAUUGAAAUGAAGGUGUACCACACCCACACAUAGUUAGUCUACUCAUGAAUGCAAAAGAUCUGUGCCCGAAUUUAGCUACA